AUGGUUGAAUGGUUAGUAGUUGUUUUCGACAAGGCAGGAUCAGAUCGCAGCAAGUUCAGGCCCCAGCACUUAGCAGCAAUUCCUCCAGCAGUUGAAUCAGGGAAAGUUACCAAUGUUGGAGCUAUUUUCAGCGAGAUUCCAGAAUUGGGCAAACCGUUGAAUUUUGCAGGAAGCACAUACAACAUCGAGGCUGAUACGAGAGAGGAGGUGUUGGAGUUCAUCAAGAAGGAUGUUUUCGCCAAAGAAGGCAUUUGGGAUUUGGACAAUAUUUUAAUCUACCCAUAUGGAUGUGCAGCUAGAAUUGCUAAGAAAUAG